AUCAUGAUGGAGUCAGCAACACCCAUGGCGGAUGAUGAUCCAUUCCAAAAAAUACAUUCACAGUUGCGAAACAUCUGUACCGUCGGCUUCAAUCGGAUGCAUGUACUGUGGAGCGAAAUGUUCGAAAGAAACAUUUGCCUGGAUUACUGCGAACGGUUGCCGGAUCAUAUGAUGUCAUUUUUCGAGGAAGUGUACGAAGAAAGCUUCCAGCGAAAGCAACGGUUCGUGGAGGAAAUUGCCCAGCUCAAGCAGGAGGCACUAAACUUGCAACGUUUGCUUGGCGAACAGACUCCGUGUUUGCCGCCGGGUACCGAAACGAAACCGCUGCUCGAGCAACGUUCCACAUUGGAUGCAAGCCUCGAAAAGAUGAGACAGGCGCUGAGCAAAAGGCAUGAAAUAAUCGAUGAAUAUAUGCUCGAGAUGGAAACGUUGUGCGAAGAGCUUAGCGAAGAGCCGAAAAUACUGUCGAAAGAUCCGCUACCAACAGAGCACGAGCUGACCGAGUUUCGCUCCUUUUUGGAUCACCUGAUGGCGGAAAAGAUGCAGCGCUUGGAUGAGAUUGCAAACCUUCGACGGGAAACGAAGCGGCUCAUGGGUUACCUGGAAACGGUUCCACUCACCGAUGAGCAGCAGCGCCUACUGAAUGCACGCAAGUUUCCACCAACACGCGCCAACAUGUAUGGGCUGCGUAUGCUGCACGAAGAUACGGUUGCUCAGUACGAAAGCCUGAAGCAACACAUAGACGAUGUGCGCCGCAAGCUAGAACGGUUGUGGCAAUGUCUCGAAACCGAUCCGGCCGUGGUACGGAAGUUCGGCAAGCUAACCUCCUACACCCAGACCACCUUCGACCGACUGUUUGCCGAGCACGAUCGGUGCGAAACGUUGCGGCGCGAAAAUAUGAAAGCGUUCGUAGAGCGCACCCGAUUCGAAAUCACCGAAUGGUGGGAACGAUGCAUGAAGUCGGCGGAUGAGCGGGCCCGCUUUAGCACCUUUCACUCGGAAGAAUUCAACGACGACACGCUGAAGCUGCACGAGCUCGAACUGGCAAGCUUGAAGGAAUUUUACCAUGAGAACGAACCCAUCUUCCAGAUGGUGCACCAGCGCCAGGAGAUGUGGGAUCGCAUGCUGGCGCUCGAGAACAAAUCGAACGAUCCUACCCGUUACAACAACCGGGGCGGUAAGCUGCUCGAUGAGGAAAAGGAACGGCGCCGGAUCAGUUGCCAGCUGCCGAAAAUUGAAGCCAAGCUGCUGGAAGCCUGCCAACGGUACGAAGAAGAAAAUGGGCGCAAAUUUACGGUGUACGGUACACCGGUGCAGGACGUGAUCGAGCAGCAGUGGAAGCAGCGCGAAGAAAGCAAACAUCAGAUUUCGAGCGCUCGGAAGAAAGCGAACGGUUUGCUUGGCAUUUCAACCGUUGGGCGGACACCGGGACGGGGCGGUGAAUCGAUGAUCAAAUCAUCCUCCAUUAGGUGCAACAAUCGUUCGCGGCUGGUGGCCGGUAGUGGUGGUUCGGCCAUGAAAGCACCAGUGACACCGCUGAUCGCACGAUCGGUAACGAAAUCGGGUCCAUGGUUAAAGCGUAAGCUGGCUACACCGACGAACAGUACCGGUACGCUGAACGUAAAGCGAUCGUUGCUACGGGAGCUAAACAGUCCGGUGCUCGCCAAUCGUACGGCCAACGGAACGAAGCUUACGAUCGCGAAGGCAGCACCGGGGAAAAUACCGGCGAUUAAGGUGUACGACAGCAAGGCGGGAGGAUCGGUCGCACAGAAGAGGCGAUCUCGCCGAAAGUCACAAAGCAAACGACGCAGCGUAUCGCUCGCUAAGGUCCCGUCGGUUAUUGUAAGCUCGACCGAAGGAUCCAUCAUGCAGGAGUCGGUGUGCUAUGAAAAGAUUGAGAACUUCUUCGACAACAACGUCCCGAAUCGGUCGUCGGUCGUGCCCGAGAAGCUACAGGCGCGCCGCAUUACCCGGCUGCAGCAUCACCGAAUGGCUGAAUCGUUGCUCAAACUACCAACGACCGAUAGCAGUUUUACCGAGGGCGAGGAAAACAUUGAACCGAUCGCUUCCGCACCACUUCCACCGAUGUGUACUGGAGCUGUUGGUGUCCCUGCUAGCUUUUCCCACUCACCUGCCGCCUCUUCCACCCUGCUGCUACGGUCACCCGGUGUCGUCGGUACGAGCCACUCGACAUCGAUCGCUGGCAAUAGUACGCGGCUCGGUGCUGGUUCUAGGCGGCUAAAGCCAGCCACUAAAAAUUGUCCCAUCAUAUUCUAGC